AUGUUAACUUUGACGAGGAAAUCUUCUUCCAUUGCCCAACAACGUCUUCUACCCGGCACCCCGAAGGCCCUCAUCUACACCACCAACAUCGAGCAGGAGACGCAGGGAGCCACAGGCGCGCUGCAGGCGACGCUCUUCUCGCACCCGCAACUCCUCGCCGCCGCCGACUAUUUUGGGCCCUUUUUUCUGGUCGGCCAAGCUGAUGACAUUCCCGGACUGGCCGAGUUUGAGCGCCUAUCACAGCUCUCCGCUCCGGAAUUGUUACCAUUCCUGCCGGGAUCCAUUGAUGAGUCCAUCCCGAAAUACCAAAUUACCUCCACCGAGAUUGGCGAUUAUCGAACGAAGAUUGAGGAUCGGCGUCCACAACGGCUUCUCCUAUAUCGGGGAGCCGGUUACGGUAGUGUUGUCGAUGGGAGAAGCGGCUUCAACCACUCAUUCUCUACGCAGGAAGAGCAUCAGCCCGUCGCGCCGGGACUCGAGGUUCUGGACCCGGUGGCUGUGGAAAAGAAAUUCCAACCAAAACCGGCCGUACAUUUCACGCCUGAGAAAGCUCUCGAAAAAUCGCCCAACCAAGAGCUAGAUGAAAAUGAGAAUUAUACGGUAGUCGACACGGAAUAUGUUAGCGCGUUCUCCGUUCCGCGCUCGGCCUAUGGACUCGUCGCCUGGGCCAAGAUGCCCCCAAUCUACGACCGAAACGGUGAUCUGCCGAAAACGAUUGUUGUACAAUUUUUGGGCGUCACUUGGGCCAAUCAACACCUUGCAACCCCGAAACAUGUCUUUUUCACAUUCCAAUUCUAUCGAUUCCCCGAGGUGACGACGGAAAAAUUGCUGGCGGUUCCGACGAAUCCGGGGAGGCCUUGUAUUCUGAAACGGUUACGCCCUGGAAAUGGGGAGCCGGUUGAGGAGAACCAUGGAUUUAUGGUCCGUCUUACGGUAGACCGAUCAGCCAUUUCGCCGCAGGAUCCCGCCGAAUUCGUUAACUUUCUUCUAAACGCCAGCCUGCAAAUUGACGUCUGGGACGCAGAUUCGGUGCAGUUAAUCGGGACGACUGAUAUCCCGCUGCACUGCCUGAUCCGAAACGGCCUGGAAGCCGUCCAAUUCUUCGCCUACGGUACCGUGGUGCAGAAUAUUGUCGGGCCUCUGCAAAAGAAUGCCGGCUCGCUUUUCAUGAAAUUCGCCUCGAUCGGACAUCCGAGUAAUAACCAAAUAGACCUCGUCCAUUCGAAAAAUGAGGCCGUCGUCUCGAAACGGCUCGAGAAAUUGGAUUCGGCCGCUGAUUCGCUUAUGAUCCGCGUCCGCCCGCUAAACCCUGCACACGAGAAUGCACUACAAAAAUUCUUGUACGCUCAAAGAUUGGACAUUUCGCAGAGAUUCGCCGAAGAAAAUGGGGAUUCUAAUGGGUAUGGCCAUCCCACGACCGAGGCUUUGAGCGAGCGAAGCAAGAAAACCAUGAAAAACUUCGUGUUCGACGCCGAGUUGGAGGCGUACAAGCGGAUCCGCAACGAGGGGAAGGCCGGCCGGUUGUUGAACACGCUGUUUCGGGGGAUUACGACGGAACACAAAAUCCACGUCUCGUUGGGAGAAUCGGUGUUUUUCGAAUUUCUACUCCAAAACACGCUGGAUCAGCCGGUGAAUUGCGUCGUCGAGAUUGAGGAACCGGGGUUACGUCUCCUCACCGAUGACGCCGAGUGGGCCUUCUACAAGAAGGCGCACAAAUUGGACACGCCGAUCGAGCGGAAUUUGGUGCGCCGUGAUGAGGAGGGAAAGACAAGCCUGGUGUUGAAGCCGCGCGAGGUGGUGUACGUCCCAUUCCUCUACGAGGACCUGAAGGCGGUGGGAAAAGCCGAGGGACAAACGAGCCAGACAAAGGUAGUCUUCAAGCGUUGGCCAUCGCUGGAACCGUUGCAAAUUCUGAGUUUGCACGUGGUGCAUCAGCCCUACGCACUGCUACGCUCAGUACGAUUCUACUCGAGGGAACAUCACAAUUGUACUCGCAGUAUACGAGUGCCGAGGAAUUAUCGCCAAAUCCUCCCAAAGUCCGUCAAAACGUCCGAUCCAACCGUGAAAGCAAGGUUGAUCUGGGCAAACGGAGCCCUGGAUUUGCAGUUUACGGCGUUUUGCGGACCUAGCGGCACUUCAAGGGAAUUUCUACUAAUUUUGUACGCCGACGCGGAGGCCUACCGUCUUUUUGGGGUCUGGAAGAUAACCCUCUAUUCUACCGGCUCCAUUGAGCUGAAGGGCAUCCAAUCCGAGGUCACCAAUUUUGGGGUCGAGUUGAAAAAGCCGGGCCUAGCGGGGCGCUUCAUCCAGAUCUAUAGCUCCAACCCAGAAUUGUCGCCAGUUGGCGCGCAGCCAACACUUUUUGAAGACACGGAUCAUCGGUUCAAUCUACAGUACAUGCCGACCAUUAAAGGCCCCCAGACGAGCCUGAUCACCGCUGUGGACGUCGCUAAUCGGGAUCUCUGCGGAUCGUGGCUGAUAAAUACGAAGAGCAUCGAGCCGGAGGUCACCAAGGAGUUCGAGGUGGUGCUCAGGCGCGGCGAGGAGCAGCCGAUUUACAGGAAAAUUCCCUUCCAAAACCCGUACGGCGUGGCGGCCGCGUUCCGGAUCCGCGCCAAUCGACCGGAUGCGAUUAAAGUGCAAGAAGAGCUGCUAAAACUUCCGCCAAACGGGAUCGCCACGCUGACGCUGGAAUUUUGCCGGCGCGACGUGUAUACGGCCCUAAUCUACAUCCAAAACGUUGACACUGCCCAGACCGAAGAAACGUUCCGGCUGAAUGUGCGACCGGAAAAA